GCUCCUCAUUUUGAAAGAAGGGCGCAUUCCCUAUCCCCUUGCCGGUCUAGGGUUUCUGGUGUCCGAAAUCGCCACGAAUGUCCACUGAGCUGGAGCACCCCAACCUGGAAGAUCCCUUCGCGGACUUCUCCGCUCUCUCUCUCCUCCCUCGAACCCUCGGAGCCCAUCUCCAUGUCGCCCCCGCUCUGUCGGUGGCGCAGGAAGAGGAGGCGAUCCGAGAUGUCUUCAAAUCCAUGGCAGUAAAGGGCUCAAAGGAGUUUCUGGAACAGGCACAACAGAUCAUGAAGAGCUGUUCAAACUUUCCAGUUCCACAUUUUGAGGAUGGAGACAAAGCCAUUGCUGCAAAUGGCAAGGACCGUCCCCAAGGACGCAGACCAGCAUUGGGUCGCAAACGGGCUCAGUUUUCCUUAAAGCCCAACACAAGUCAUUCUGUGCCAAAUGUAGACUUUGAUUCUGGCAUAGAUCACAUCGAAGACCCAGAGGAGUAUUUCUUUGCCUUUGAGCAGCUUGAAAAUGCUGAUAAAGAGUUGAAGAAACUAAGGGGAGAGGUUUCUACUGAUCUACUGCAGCAUCACCAGUCGGCCACAGCUCGUAAACGCCGUCCUGGAAUUUUAGGGAAGACAGCAAGCUAUAGACAUCAUUUUCCUGCUAAAGUUGAUACUGCCGUGGUCUUCAUGGGAUCACAAGAAGAAAAUUCUGACAAAAGAACUUAUAGCCCAUUCAAUGCUCCGACUGUUGUGGAUUCGAGUGACAUUUUGUAUCCCAGAACAGUUGACCAACCUGACACUUCACAAUUCAGGCAAACAAAUAGUCAACUCCUUGAUGUUACAGAAAGACAAGGAUCCGUAACUGAUAAGGAGAAAAAGGUCAAUGAUCUUUUAGAUAAAUUAUUGUCUUCAUUUAAAGAUUUGGAUGAAGAUGAAGGGGCAACUCUGUUGCGAGAGAGCUUGCAAAUUAAGUCAAUUGAUGUAGGCAAAGUGCACCUUCCUGAGUUGCAUAGUGUUCAGAAGAAUGAUAUUAACGCACUUGAUGGUAGAGAGAUGAGAAAGGAAUUAGAGGGCUGCCAACUUUCACAAAAUUCACCAACUCUAUCAAGAAGCCGACUUGAUGCAAUUUCAACAUUGAAGAGGCGCAUUUUGCUGAAAGAUCCACAGGAAGAUCCAUUCUCAGUGCUUCCUAUUGAUGAUGCACCAGCUUCCAGAGAUUCUUCUCGAAAUAAAGGUCAAGAUGAAUCCUCUCUUUCACCUGCUCCUCAUAUCAGCCAUGAUGAUAGGAAUGGUUCAAUUGUUGGUGAUGCUUCUGCACCAGCGAUGAUAAAUGACAAAAUACUUUUGAUGGAUAAAUUGCACAUAACAGUUUCUGAAGCAGAUAGAACUGUUGACAGUAAGAUCACAGUAGAAGAAGAGCUAACAGAAUAUUCCUCAUCCUUGCUUGAAAAUGCUACAGAGCAAAGCCAUGGUAAACUUGAUAAUGGCAAAGAUGUGUCUGCUGGAAUUUGUGGCCAUAUGGAAGAGGAGGAGAAUUCUAUGCAGCUGGAUGCUUUAGUAUCUGAUAAGCCAGGUACUGAGGUUGAAGAUCUGACUUCUGGUUGUAUGGAUCCGACCGAAAGAGAAGGCUUGACUAGCCUACAUGGUAGCGACAUGCCUCAAAAUCAUGGUCGUCCUGAUGUUGAUGCUAACUUUCAUGGUCCUGAUGUCAAUUUGCAAGAUGAGGCAGCAGUUCCAGCACAGGGAGAUGUCAUAGUAGGUGCAGAGGCUUCUAAAGACAACUCAAGUCUUCCAACAACAGUCCUUCCAAUGGAUGUGCAAUCAGAAAGCGCACAUGGCUUACCAGAAGAAAACAAUGAGGGUCUUCAGGAAGCCUCUGGAGCACCUCAGAACAAAGGAAAUAAACAAAAAGAACCAAGACACAAACAAAACAAGAAAAAUUUGACUUCGAGAAGACAAAGCCUUGCAGAUGCUGGGAUGGCAUGGAAAUUUGGGGUAAGGCGUAGCACCAGAAUUAGGUCAAGGCCUCUGCAGUAUUGGCGUGGGGAAAGAUUUUUAUAUGGGCGCAUACAUGAUAGCUUGGCAACGGUCAUUGGGGUGAAGUAUGCGUCUCCCAGUAAUCCAGCACUCAAGGUGAAGUCAUUUGUCUCCGAGGAAUAUGCCGAACUCGUAGCUCAAGCGGGACUCCAUUGACCUACUACUUUUCCGUUUUCAUUUAAUAACGUAACACUCCGUUAUUCUAGUUUUCUCCUCACCUUAUGACCUGUGUAUAAAUCACCUUGAAGUGUUGUCCAGGAUUCAGAUGGGUUGUUGCUCAAUUUUGACCUUGGGCGACAAAAGGUCUCUUGAGCACUGAGCUAUAGGUCAAAUCUCUUGUAAGAUAUCAAUAUUGCAUUGAUGUUCUUUCUGCUUUGCUGUUGCAUGAGUUCAAA